CGUUCUAUAGUUCUUUGUGCGCAUGCGUGCUCGCUCUCCCUCUCGUUGCGCUCGGCUGUGUCAGUCAGUCAGUCUGUCGGAGUCUGUCCUCGGAACAGGCUGAGCGAAGGGACUUCGGAGAGCCUGCUGCCUACUUAUUCUAUUUCCCCUCCCUCUCUCCCGCCCCACGUCUCUCUUCACCCCUCUCCCGCCCUUGCUCGCGUAGCCAUGGCGGAGUCGUCGGCGGCCACUCAGUCCCCGUCCAUCUCCUCGUCGUCCUCCGGGGCCGAUCCGUCCGCGGCCGGCGGUGGCGGGAGCCCGGGAACCAGCCCCGCCCUGGGGGCGAAAAGCUGCGGCUCCUCUUGUGCGGAUUCCUUUGUUUCUUCCUCUUCCUCUCAGCCUGUAUCUCUAUUUUCGACCUCUAAAGUGGAAUUGAGCUCUCUUUGCUCUGAUGAGCCACCUUCAGAAAUUAUGACUUCCUCCUUUCUUUCAUCCUCUGAAACACUUAACUCUGACCCUGCAACACUACAAGGAGAAAAAAAUGAAGUGUUAGGCAGCCAGCCUGUUAUAGCCAAAGAAGGAAAAGAUCACUUGGCUCUUCUACUGCAUAUGAAAAAGAUGGAAAAGCCUCAGGGGACCUGCAAAGACAGAGCAGACUCUCCAGUUUCUCUUGCAGCAGGAAGAGUUCCUUGUAAUCAACCUUCCAUUCCAGCCAGUUUCCCAGAGCAUCCUGCUUUUCUCCUAAAGGAAGCCUGUCAAGUAGAAGAGCAAAUAAAUAAAGAUCAACACUCCAAGAACUCAAAUCAGGUACUGAAUAGGGAGGAUAAAACUGCAUUGGAUGUUGAUGACAGGUUCACUUUGCCAGUUGCCCAGAAACUACCCACUGAGCAGUCUAGUGAAGAAGGCACUAGAACAUAUUCCUUGUCCCCCUCUGAAGUUUCAGGUGGUGGUAUUAUAGAAAAAGAUUCCCCUGAAUCACCAUUUGAAGUAAUUAUUGACAAAGCAGCAUUUGACAGAGAAUUUAAAGAUUCAUAUAAGGAGAGCGCAAAUGAUUUGGGUGGCUGGGCAGUGUACACUGAUAUAGAAUCAUCUGCAGACAUGUCAGAGACUAAUGACAAAGUGUUUCCACUGAGAAAUAGAGAGACAGGGCGUUACCCAUCCUCUGCAUUACUCACUAGACAGUUUUCACACACAACUGCAGCAUUGGAAGAGGUGUCUAGAUGUGUGAAUGAUAUACAUAACUUUACUAAUGAAAUAUUGACUUGGGACUUGGUUCCCCAAGUGAAACAACAGACUGAUAAAUCUUCUGACUACCCCACAAAAAGUGCAGGACUUGACAGGAGUGAAUAUCAUUCAGAAAUCCCAGUUGUAAAUCUUAGGACAAACACUUACCAGAAAAUUCCUGCAUGUUCUAUCAAUGAGAGCACAUCUAUCACCAAAAUCACAGGUGAUUGGGAAGACACAUCUCUCCCACAAGAAAAUGCUAUCAUUGGAAAACCUGUAAGUGACCAUCUCAUUUCCACAAAAGAAGUCAAUGUCAAAGAUGUACAAGGUGAUAAACAGAAACAAGAUGACAUACUUCCAGAGUUGCCUGGAUCUCCAUGUGAGAAACAUGUCUCUUUGGGUUCUGGAGUGGCCACAGUGAAAGUGGUUUUACCUGAUGACAUCCUGAAGGAUGAAACAAACUGGCAGAUCUCUGUGCCAGAAGAAAUCACAGAGGCAGAUAGUUCUGGUGAGUCUGAUGACACAGUAAUAGAGGACAUCACAGCAGAGAGAUCAUUUGAAAAUAGGAUUCACACUGAAAAACCUUUCUCUGUUCCAAAUGCUGUUGUAAGAACAAAUGAAAUCAAAGAGACUCCCGGUUGUAAGGUAGAAAGUACAACAUCUAAAAGCACUGAAGAGCUGGUCAGGGAGCCACAUCAAACUCAGUCUGGUAGUCUUGGAAGGAGACCAGUUGGUGAGGCAGUGUGUUCACCAAUACCUGAUAUGAAUGUUGUGUUGGAAGAUGUAAGAGAGUCCAGUGCUGUGAGUGAAGGUGCUCCUGAAAAGCCCAUUACAACUGAGAACCCAAAACUUCCUUCAACAGCACCUCCAAAUGUUUUUAGUGAGACAGAAUUCUCAUUAAAUGUGACAGCUUCUGCCACGUUGGAGUCAUUAUAUGGAAAUCAUAUUAGAGACAUAGAUGAUUCCUCCCCAGAGGACUUGAUGGCAGCCUUAACAGAAACCAGAGAGAAAGGAAUACUAGGUAAAGAGGAAGGAACUGAUUCUGAAGCAUUGUCACAGAAGCCAGCUUCUCCUGUAGAAGUCUCAUCUGAGAGUGAGUCAAAUAGUUCAAGCAAAAACAGUGCAAAAUGCAAAGAAACAAAUGGAAGUGACUUUCUGGAUGGUUUUACUACCUGUGGGACUCCAGUGGUAUCUCUUGACUUAGAACAGGAGCAGCUCACAAUCAGAGCCCUGAAAGAGUUAGGUGAAAGGCAGGGUGAGGAGCUACCUUCUGUGCAGGGUGAAGAAUCUCCUUCUGAAGAAAGACUCAAGCAGACAUUUGCUCCAGAACCUUGGCCACAGAGAUCAGAUGACAUCCUAGAACAUACAGAUGUUAAGACUGGCUCUGAUCUUGGGAUUUCCAAAAAGCCCACUAUUAUCAAAGAAACUAGGGUAGAUAUUAUUUCCAGCCUUAGCAAGACUGAACUGGUAAACAAGCAUGUCCUACCAAGACUUCUGACAGACUUCUCAGUGCACGAUCUGAUUUUCUGGCGAGAUGUGAAGAAGACUGGGUUUGUCUUUGGCACCACACUGAUCAUGCUGCUGUCCCUGGCAGCCUUCAGUGUCAUCAGUGUGGUUUCUUACCUCAUCCUGGCCCUUCUCUCUGUCACCAUCAGCUUCAGAGUCUACAAGUCUGUCAUCCAAGCUGUACAGAAAUCAGAAGAAGGCCAUCCAUUCAAAGCCUACCUGGAUGUGGACAUUACACUGUCCUCAGAAGCUUUCCAUAAUUACAUGAAUGCUGCCAUGGUGCAUGUCAACAAGGCCCUAAAACUCAUCAUUCGUCUCUUUCUGGUGGAAGAUCUGGUCGACUCCUUGAAGCUGGCUGUCUUCAUGUGGCUGAUGACCUAUGUUGGUGCCGUUUUUAAUGGAAUCACCCUUCUGAUUCUUGCGGAGCUGCUCGUCUUCAGCGUCCCAAUUGUCUAUGAGAAGUACAAGACCCAGAUUGAUCACUAUGUUGGCAUCGUCCGGGAUCAAACCAAGUCAAUUGUUGAAAAGAUCCAAGCAAAACUCCCUGGAAUCGCCAAAAAAAAGGCAGAAUAAACACAUGGAAACCAGAAAUGCAACAGUUACUAAAACACCACUUAAUAGUUAUAAUGAUGUUACUUGUACCAUGGAGGACAUGCUCAGUGUCAGCUUGAGCCUGCAUUCCAAGCUUAUUUUUAUUUUAAUUUGGUAUUUUCUCCCCUCCUUUCCCUUUACCCUCAGUAUCAAGCACAAGAAACAGUGGACUGAACAAAAAGAACUGAUAUCUUAGAACCCAAAAGAAUAAAGAAAGAAUCAAAUUAAUAGGAUAAAUUAUACCUUAGUGGUGGUGGAGCUUUUUACCUGUAGCAUGAAAAGGGGAAAGAUUAGAGGUAAAGAGAAAGUGAAUGAUAGAAAAAUUUCUUGGGUCCUUCUAUUCAGUUUUCAAGGACUAGUUUUACACAACUCCCAUUAUAGUUUUGCCCUUAUUUUUAAGUUAAGAAAUAAUGAUUAACUUAUGAAGAAAUGGUUUGGGGACAGGAGGGGGAUGCCUUCCUUGGGUUGUUUGCAGCUCACCAAUCCCAUCCUCCUGCCCCACACUGUGAGCAGCUACUCUUAAUAUUCCUCUUCUUGACUUAAUGAUAUAACUUCCAGCUCUGAGUAACUUAUAGGUAGUAGUGAUAAUUCCUGUCUCCAGAAUGCCAUCUGAGAAAUAAGAGUAGAAACAGAAAAGGGUGGGAAAGGGUGUGGCAGGGGCACAGCAAUGGCCACCUCCCUCUGCCACUCACCCACAGGGAAGGAAGGGCUCCACCAGCUGGGAGCAUGGUGUCCACAUCAUCUCUUGGAUGCCAGUUCUGGGAGUUAAUUUGAGAACUCAUUCCUGAAUGUGCUUUCCCCUCUUUCCUGCCCACCCACCUCACCUCAAGUUUAAUAAAUAUGGUUGUACUUUUAUUAUUAUGAAAUAAAUGUCUGUACCUGCUGUA